AUGCUGUGGCGUAGGAAAACUCAGAGAUCCUCCUCACCCGGAGUUCCCGCCGGUCAGAGCCCUCAAGGCGUGGAUGAGGACGUCGCCAGAACUACUGCCGAGACGACACCACCCGCACCCGAUGGCACAAACCCUUCGGAGGCCGAUGAUCCGACCAUCAUCGUCUCUCGAGAGGCCCAAAUUGAACAGCAGCCGCCACAGUCAAAGGAGAGGGCCGAUGUACAGCAUUUCCAGCUGACAAAAUGGAAUGCUUGUGCCUUCUGGUCAUGGGAUGUUAUGCACGACACGUGCGUCAUUUGUCGCAACGGCAUGAUGAGUUUAUGUAGGUCUCAUUAAAAAUUUUCCUUCGUUCUAUAGUAUGGCCUUGCGUCUAUUUUAUGCGUCCCACAUUUGCAGGCUUAGUUCUUAUUGGAAGAAUGCUAUUUCACAAGAGCAUUUGACGAGCAUACGCGUGUUUUCGAUAAAUUCUCAUCGAGCCUCUACAUAUAUGUGGGAACGAGAUACAUACUGCUCAUAACAUGCGUCGCUGUGCGGCUGCUGGUUGGACUCGAGAGAGAGCCCGUAAGGCACAACGGAACGAGUGAGUUCCGUAAAAACGAUCGGCGGGUGCUCCGCCACCAUUGCGUAUUCCCGAUCGAAACCGACGGAACUACCUGCCCUUGGUUCAGUGGUUAGAGAUGUCGAACUUAUACCUAAUAGGCUACGAGUUCGAGCCCUAGGUGCUCCACACUUCGGCGUUGGGUAUGACUGUAUUACGACGGCCAAUAAGCCAGAAAUGGCCAUUCCAGUCUCCCUUGUCUUUGUUAAUAGUAAAAUUCUGCCUAUAUAUAUAUAUGAUAAGGUGAUACCGGCAAAGACAAGGGAGACCGGAAUGGCCUUUUCUGGCUUAGUAGCCGUCAUCAGCCAGUCAUGCCCAACCCCAAGUGUGGAUCACUUGAGAUUCGAACCCGGAAUCUUUGGUCAUGGAGUUUGACGCUCUACCAUUGAGCCACGGGCCCGUUGUCCUGUCGGUUGUGAUCGGGAAUAUCAAUUAUGACAGAUGGGCGCUCACCGAUCAGGUUACAGAGCAUGCACGAUGCCGUUGCCCUGUCGGUUUUCGAUGGGGAAUAUACAAUGGUAGGGGCGCUCACAACGGAACGAGUGAUUUCUGUAAGAACGAUCGGUUAGAGAUGUUGAACUUAUACCUAAUAGACCGCGAGUUUUAGCCCUAGGUGCUCCACACUUCGGGGUUGGGUAUAACUGUCUGACGACGGCCAGUAAGCCAGAAAUGGCCAUUCCAGUCUCCCUGGUCUUCGUCAGUAGUAACAUUCUGCCUAUAUAUAUGUAUAGAUGCGAAAAAGAGGCGACAAGGGGGCCAUAGAUUUAAUGGCCUAACGUUUCAAAAGCAGACAAGCUUCCAUCGUCGGAGGUAGGUUCUGUACAGUAUUCAUGGAUGCUGGGCAUGCCGACAUGCUGUCAUUUCUACUGCUAUUCCUGCUCCCCGACGAGAAGAGGGAGAAAGACACCGACCAGCAUGACAGCGAUUAAAUCCUCCCCCAUGCAGUAUAUCCUACACGGAAAGCCGUAGGAAUGGCAGCACGCCGGCAUGCUCCGCACCCAUAAAUACUGCGAGGCGCCGUACAGAACCUACCUCCGACGAUGGAAGCUUGUCUGUUUUUGAAACAUCAGGUCAUUCAACCUAUUGUUCACAUGAUCGUCUCUUCUUAUUUAUCCCCGGGGACGCGCAUUUAUAGAUGUGCAUGUGGAGAUAGAAUAGGUUCUUCGGAAGAAAUCGAGUUGUACUCGUGAAUUUUCAAGUUGGUGAACCAACCCGUCGUCAAACGAAAUGAAGACAAAGGAGAAAAUAGGACUGUCACCCUUGACCAGUUGGCGAGACAGGAGAGACAUUAGCAGACAGACGAUUAGCCCGUGAUGAGGGUGAGGUGGGCACAGGGCCACGGUAGGUUCCACUGAAAAGCCGAACCUCUCGCAACUGUGUCCCACAGCGCAGAAUAUCGACGAAAUACGUUUUUGGGCUUUUAGCUUGUACCUAUAUCGGGAGUACGGUAUAGUACCUUCAUCACAUAUAGAUAUGGAAAAGUGCGACGAUGGGACAUCGGAAUGAACAUUUCUGGCUUCUUUGUCGUCCUCAGUCAACUAUUUAGCCCGACUUUUGGGACACCUUGGAUUCGAACCCAAGAUCUUUAAUCAUUGAGUUGAACGCUCCACUAUUGAGCCACGGACCCGUUGCCGUGCCAGCAGCGAUCGGGUAUAUUAAGCAUGGCGGAAAGGCGUUCACCAAUCGGGCUGCAUGAAAUGUUCGUUCCAUUAUGGAAUUCCAACGUGGUUAAUACUCCCGACAUAACCGACAGGAUAACGGGCCCGCGGCUCAAAGGCAGAACAUUAGACUCAAUGACUAGGCGUCAUUACAUCGGGGGUUAGGUGGAGCUGGCGGAAGACGGCUGCUAAGCCGGAAAUGGCCAUUCUAGUCUCGCUUGCCUUUGCUGGUACUCCUUCUAGCAUAUCUUAAUGGUCACUACGCGACUGCCAUCGUGGGCUUUGGAGCGAACCCUAGGGCACAACGAGACGAGCGUCCUCCGUAA